AUGGAGCAGAACAAUAUAGAUUUUAAUACAAAUACGCCAGCAAAUAAUCACGUAGAAGCAGUGGACUACGCUUUGCAUUUCUCAACAUGGAGUUUGGAAUACUUAAAAUCUGCCGCAAUCCAGUUAAAGCUGGUAAAGCCGAGAAGCUUAGCAUGGGCUAUCAUGCUGAACGCUCUUCCUUCGCCCUCAAGUGAUAUUAUAAGCAGUAUUAAAGCUCACAGAAACUUCUAUGAUGACCUAAAGGAAAAACUGUCAAUGGAUCCCCGCGCCGUGAUCGAUGAUGAUCCACUAUCACAGAAUGAUGAGAGUGCCUGGAAACAACACUUCUGUGAUAACGAACUCAAAGCUCUGAUACUUCAAGAUGUUGUGAGGACCUAUCCAGAUGAGGUCUACUUCCGUGAUAAAGAAGUUCAGAACUUAAUGGUCCGUGUGCUUUUUUACUGGGCUCGAUCCCAUUCUGUAGGGUAUAGACAAGGAAUGCACGAAGUAUUAGCUCCAUUACUAUUUGAAUUGCACGGAGACAGGAAAUACGCACCAGAUGAUAUCAGUGAUACGCUCAAAUAUUAUUUAAAUAAGGAAUACUUGGAACAUGACAGUCACAUGUUAUUUAAUGCUGUCAUGAAAGGGUUAGAAAAGUUUUACACUACCGGCGAUGUGGUGCCAACAGCGUCUGGUAGAUUGCCCACUUCUAGAUCAGUACAUAACCAAAAUGAAGUUGUUCGAUACUUGGAGAGGGUAAAGGAGGAAUAUUUAGUGCCUUUAGAUCUGGAACUGGCAACACAUUUAACCGAAUGUAAUAUAUCAAUGGAAUUAUUUGGAAUGUAA